AGUUGAUCCCACCCUACAGUUUAAAACGUCUUCCGUUCGCUCCGCUCUUCGUCUCGCUUCUGAAACUCAGAGUAGCGAUGCUGCUUUCGUGUGCAAGCGGCCCCAGAAGCCAACGGCAGUUAGACCGUCGUCUGCCGUCCAGAGGAAAGCCCCGUCCGGGCGACAUCACAAGUUCCCGAACGCAAUUAGCAGACCACGGUGCAUGUCAGACCCUUUCGGCUCCGCUAUCCCACAGCAGCCCAUACUCCAGUUUGAACCACGAACACGGGCAGCCACGGAAGAAGACGUAUUCGCAGCAGCAGUAGCUGCGUGUGGUGACACCGCAUUGGCGGCCAGCAGCAUAAUCCCCUCUUCCUCCAAAACUUCAGCCCAGUUCGCCCCAGGUUUCUUCAGCGAGGUAGCAUCGCACCCGAAAGUAUUGAAGCUGUACAGGGACGCCCACGACCCCAGCAAGCAGAAGUCCAGCAGGCAGAAGGAGGAAGCUUUCGAGCUGGUGGACGACUUCUUCCGUCUCCAAGCUGCAAAGGAGUUGAUCACCAAGCGCCCCGCCUCGGCGACAGAAGAUGCAAGGAUGAAGUGUUAUUUUCAGUUCUGCACGCGGGCAUCAGUCCACCCCGGGUUAGGCUUUCUGAAGAAGCCGUGGCCAAUGACGCGGGACCACGCCGUCUACUUCUUCGCCGCUCUGGUGGGCGACGAUGCGUCACGGUCGUUCUACGCUACCGCCGACGACUACCUUUGGUCAGUAGUAGCGAGGCUCGAAGCAAUCCCCGGGGGCAGCAUCUUGGGACAGGCGGACAAAGUGUUGCUUUCCCAGAUUGUCACGCGGCAAAAGAGGACUGGAAAAUUCGCGCAUACGCAGGCGCCCCCAGUCCUCGUCGAGGAGUUGCUAGAAGUAGCGCAACCAGUGUACAAGCGGAAGCAACAGUUCGCUGCGGCGUGUUCGAUCGGAUUUCUUUUCGGAUUACGCAAGACCACGCUCGUGAACCACAUAAAAUUCGGCAACAGCGAAAGAUACGCUUCCCAGCAGGUCCAGUUUGAAGACUCACCCUCCGACGAGGAAGAUGGUGGCUCUUACGAAGAAGCCAUGCAGAAUUUACACCUAGUUUCUCGCGAUCAUAACUCACGCAAACACUUCUCAGGCGAUUUUUCAUUCAAUCGUGCUGCAGGAGUCUUUUGUCUAAAUUUAGACGCAUAUAUUCUCAAGUCGAAUUACAUUCGACGGGUGUACGUGAAGUGCCUGCGUGGUACUGAUUUAGAGGCAAUCUGCCCACACGUCACCAUACCAAUUUUGGACGAAGUCGGAUUCGACGACUGGCGACACUGUUUUGUUGCUGAUUUUACAUCAUUUUUCGGCACCUCCCGCACGCAAUCCUUACGCAUAGGAUGCUUACAGCGCCUUAUGUCGUGCCGGCUUGGGAAAAGUCGUGCUGGUUGUCAUCUCCGGUGGAAAACGGAAUCUAUGAUUGAGUAUUAUAACAGAGGAAAUCAGUAUCCCCAUAACAAAUUUGCUGGUCUUUCCUUCAUUCCGUGACAUUCAUUCCACACGUGACGACUUCUAACAUUAUGCUGAGCAAAAAAUUUUUUGAAAUGAUAACUCCGCUUGCGCUCCCACUCGGAGAGUAUUUACUUGCAAGCACCUUGGC